AUGCAUUCUAUACGGAAUCUACGACGGUGGACAGCAACAGCAUUGAUAUGUCUAUUGGUCAUCAUAAAUGCUUCUACAGUAAUAGCAGGGCCUGGUGAAAGUAAGUUUCUCGGCCCACCAGAAAUAAGCUAUAAAUUGAAAUUUCCGGAUCAAAUUUGUGUUGCUGGAUUUACAACGUGUACUCAAUGUGCUCAGCCCCGGUGCCAAAGCAAGAAGACAGUAUCCAGUAUAUCGCCCGACGUCGGUUCCAGUAAUCCGCAAAAGCCUGACAAUAGUAAUGCCAAAUUGAUUCCAGCGGUCAUUGGAAGCGUGUUUGGCAUUGCAGUCCUGGCUGCCGCAAUGUUUGGAUAUGCCAAGUUCAGAAAACAACGAGGAAUGGGAGCUGGUCUAUUUGGAAACAGUAAAUGCACGCGAUUGGACGAUGACAGCACGAAAGAAUGGUCAAUGACAUCGUUGAGUGCCAACGUCAUUCCGAUAGCAUAUAUGCCACCGCCAACUACACCGGUUACUCCUACCACACCUCCCGAGGCAGUUCAUCAGAGAAUGCGUGCAUCCUCUGUGAGUAUUGGCACGACACCAUUAGCCAGUCCACUGCCCAGGCCUUAUUCGACGGCAAGCGAUAAUCCGUUUGCCAGUAACGAGGAUGAGGAAGUCGGGACUAUUGUACAGGCAACAAGAGGGAUAUCACCCUUACCGGGCACGGCUACAACGACAGCAACAGCCACAGUAGUGACUGCUACACGUGCUAAACCCGCUCUUGUCCGAUUAAAUACUAUAAAGAGUAAUAACGGCAGUGCCACCGAUUUAAGAUCACUGCGAUCAGCAUACAGCGGGGGAGCUAGCGUUCCACUUACACCAAACACUCCACUGACUGCCAACUCGCUUCUGAGCGUUCAUUCCACAACAUCUACCCAUUACAGUGAAUUGGACUUUUCGUUGCAGUCAGAUGGAAAUUUGACCGUGUCAUCUCAAACAGACGAACUAAACAAACAGCGUAAUAAUCUCAACUAUAACAAUGAUGACAACAAUAACAGAGUUAGUGGUUUCAACGAUCGAUAUAGUUCUCCGUUCGUUGACUCUGUGGAUACGCCAAGUGCGACCUAUGAUAACGGGUUAAUGUCACCUGGUAAUACCACAUCUUUGCAAUUGCAGAGGGAAAGCAUGUUGAGCUCAGUGAGCUCGGAUCCUCGGAGCACAUUCAUGAGUGAUAUGACUAGAGAUGGAGAUGGGGAGAUUAUGAUAUUUUGGGGAGGGAACAAUCAACCCGGAACGGAUGUCAAUAAUAAUGAAGCUAGUAGGGACAGUCUAAUCGACAAGGAUAAUAAAUAG